AUGGGUAAAGCCGGUCGUGUCGCGUGUAUCUUCACGCCGGGUCUGCUGACCAUCGCCUCGCUGAUCUGUAUUAUCAUGGUCGGCCUGGGCUGCACCAAGGCGAGCUCCGGCACCUUGAACAACCUCUACUUCGCUCGGUUCGAUCUCCAAAAUCUCAGCAGCAGCGGAUCCAAAACAUCAACCGAAAUCGAAAACAUCCUCGAGGAGAAUGGCAUCACCAGCGUCAACGCCUCCGAAGUCAGCGAUAUCAUCCAGCAACUCCAGGAUGAUUCGACGCUGGCCGACUUCUACCAAUUCGGUCUGUGGAGCUACUGCGACGGCAACAUCAGCAACAGCAAGUUUUCCGUCGAAGAAUGCUCCAAGCCCAAGUCCGAGUUCUACUUCGACCCCCUCUCCGUCUGGGGCCUUGAGGACUCCGCCGUCAAGGACGAGCUGCCUGAUGACUACAACAAGCUCAUGAAGGUCUACAAGGCCGUCUCGAAGUGGAUGUUCAUCGCCUAUCUGAUUGCCUUCAUCGUCACCAUCGUUCAAAUCCUGGUCGGCUUCUUCGCCAUCUGCAGCCGCUGGGGCAGCUGUGUGACCACCAUUUUCGCGGCCGUCGCCUUUCUGUUCACCACUGCCGCCUCCGUCACCUCGACCGUCCUCUUCGUCGUGAUGAAAGGCACCAUCAAAGCCACCCUCGAGGCCUACGGCAUCACCCUUUCCAUGGGCAAGAACAUCUUCGUUGCGACCUGGUUGGCCGUCGCCUUCUCCCUGGCCGGUCUCAUCUUCUGGUUCUUCAGCAUCUGCUGCUGCUCCGGCCGCUCGCCUUACGGCCACCGCAACGGCCACAACAACCCCCGAGCCCUCACCGCUGAGAAGGCCCCCUACACCUACGAGCCCCUCGGCGCGGGUCAGCACACUUCGUACCCGCCCCGGCCCCCGCCGCUCACGGCGGACAAUACCCCAUGA